UCAGUGUCGUGAUUUUCAAAGCUUUAAUGUUUAUAAUAUAUACUGACUGAAAUUUAAAAAAAAUUGAAAUAAAGAUGUCAAUAUUUAUUUUGCGAUCUUAGAUAAACAUAAACUCGAUAAUUUAAUAUGCUUAGUUAUUAAAUACUAUCCAAAAUGCUUCACUCUUGGAUGGAAUUCUGAGAUACAUGUAAGGAUGCCUUGUCCAAAGUUCAUUUUACUUCACACUGCAGUUCCUAGUUCCUACAUCGAAGGAGGAAAUAACCUUUUGAAGACAAAAGGUAUUGCCCUUUGGCAUAAAAACAAUGACUGAAAACACAUUUCAUCGUGCCUUUAUCAAACUAGGCUUGACAAAAUUGUAUCAUCCGCCUAAAAGACCAAGAUAAAGAAUGGGCUGGGCCGUUUGACGUCAAAAAAAAAAAAAAGAAUGGGCUGAAAUAGAAAAAUAAAAUCACAACAUAUUAUUUCCAAAACAUCUUUACCACAUCAAACCCCACAGACUUUAAGGGUGAGGCUUUAUUGGGCUCAAAUGGAUCUUAAUUUUACGCCAUCGGGCCUACAUCAAUACUUUCCGUUUGAAAUUAGGUUCUCUCCUUCUAAUUCAUCUCCCUGUUUUUACUUUUCAGUUGUGCUAUUUUUUUUUGGUAAAUUAUGUGUUUCUUAUAAUAUUGUACAAUAUCAAUGUGUGAAUAAUAAGUGUGCAUCGUGUAAAGGAAAUCGACUACGUGGAUUCAUUAUUUGCCACUAACUUCACCACAUAUAUGUCAUAACCUUCCAAAUUUGACCGCAACAUAUUCAUUACAAUGACGUUACAAAGCAAAGUUGUUCCCUACAUUUUGAUAAUUAAUAACUAUAAAAGUAAUCAUAAUGAUUACUUUUUAUAGUCAUCAUAACCAGUAACGUUUAAAGUAUUUUCUUUUUAGUAGUGUAGGUUACAAUACAACGUAAUCUUUUAUUUCACAUAAAAGUUUUGUUUUCAUACUUACAUAAUACAAGGAAGACAAUAAAAACGUAAUAUAUAUCUUUUAGUCGGCCUUGUUCUUUAGAUAUUUCUCAUCUUUUCAUGUCGACCUAAAAGAUAUUUCUCAUAUAAAUACUCAAACAUGUCGCUUCAAAACGAAGAUACAAAGAUAUUAUUCUUAAGUUCUUAUACGAGACCAUACGAACAACGGUCGAUAAAAGGGCACAAGCGUAAAAAAGCAAACAAAUGAAAACAUCUCAACAACAACAUCGUUGCGGUUCGACACUAGUACAAACCAUCAAUGCUCCAUUGCCUCUGGUGUGGUCAAUACUACGACGUUUCGACUACCCGCAAGCCUAUAAACAAUUCGUUAAAACGUGCGAUCUAAGCUCCGGCGAUGGAGGAGAAGGCUCUGUCCGUGACGUGACGGUGGUUUCCGGUCUUCCGGCGGGUUACAGCAUAGAGAGGUUAGAUGAGCUAGACGAUGAGUCUCACGUAAUGGCGAUUAGCAUUAUUGGCGGUGACCACCGUCUCCUUAAUUACCGGUCUAAAACAACGGCGUUUGUGGCGGCAGAGGAGGAGGAGAAGACGGUGGUGGUGGAGAGUUAUAUGGUGGAUGUGCCGAAAGGAAAUAGUGUGGAGGAAACAACGUCCUUUGCUGAUACCAUCGUUGGGUUUAAUCUUAAGUCAUUGGCUAAGCUCUCGGAGAAUAUAUGGCACCCAAGCGAAAAUCGUAGUUCUAAAAUUUGUAGUAGUUAAGUUAUAGUUUUUAAGUUGUAAGAAUUAAAACCCUUAUUCAAGGAGAGUUUAGAACUUUAGAUAGUAACGAAGGUACUUUGUAUAAUACAGUACAAUCUCUAUAAAUUAAUAAUGUUAAAACUUUAAAAUUUUA